GGAAGUGCCGCCCCGAGAGGUGGAGUCCGGCUGGCUGCUGCGGCCGCGGCGGCGGCGGCGGUUGCCAGGAGCCCGCUUUGCCGCCUGAGACCCGUAAUAUGGCGGGGAGGAGGAGGAGAAGGCGGCGGCGGACGGAGCUCCUCUCGCUCGGUACCAAUUGAGCCCUCUGUUUCCUGCCAAGGUCCGGAGCGACGGGAGGAAAGCUACCGCGGUCGUGGGAGAUCAGUGCCCGUUGUGUGCUGACACUGUCCUAUGUAAUGGGGAUGCAGUGGUGAGCAAGACUGAGAAGGUACCUAUGCUUAUGGAGCUUACAUUUUGGUGGAGGAAGACAGACAAGAACCGAGGAAAUAAACAAGAUAAUUUCAGAUAGUGUGUGAUUGUGAGAAGAUGGAGGAGUAUGAGAAGUUUUGUGAGAAAAGUCUUGCCAGGAUCCGAGAAGCACCACUAUCCACAGAGAGCUUUUUACCUGUCCAGUCUGAAAGCAUCUCACUUAUUCGCUUCCAUGGAGUGGCUGUACUUUCUCCACUGCUUAAUAUUGAGAAAAGAAAGGAAAUGCAACAAGAAAAACAGAAAGCACUUGAGAUAGAAGCAAGAAAGCAGGUUAAUAGGAAGAAAGCUUUACUGACUCGUGUCCAGGAGAUUCUUGAAAAUGUUCAGGUUCGAAAAGCACCUAAUGCCAGUGAUUUUGAGCAGUGGGAGACUGAAACAGUUAACUCUAAUUCCGAAGUCAGAAACUUGAAUGUUCCUGCUGCAUUUCCAAAUAUCUUGCCAAGCCCUGCUGAGCACUCUACUUUAGCAAAGUUUGAAAAGAUAACUGGAAUUUUGCCUUUGAAUAAUGAGGACCAAUUUACAUCUAAUGGGAUAAACUUAGCUAGGGACAAAGAAGAAUUUAGUUAUCUGAAGCAAUGUGACAGUUCAAAUAGUAGCCAGGCAGAAAACGAACCUUCUGUAAAGACCACCUCAACAGCUACACAAGAGACACUUAUUUCUGAUGGUCUCUUUCCAACAAAUGAAGAACGGGAUCUGCCACUUUUGGAAGAAGUUGCUCCAGAUCCCUACAUAAUGAGUCUUCAGAACCUGAUGAAAAAGUCAAAGGAAUAUAUAGAAAGAGAGCAGUCUAGACGCAGUUUUCGAAGUAGUGCAAAGUGGAGUGUUAAUGAAAGUCAUUCAGACAAAGAAAAUGAUGCUGAUAAAGUGUCUGACUAUGUCAAGGAGAAGCCCCCGCUGAUAGGCAAACACUGUGGUUCAGUUAUUCCUGACAAACCAAGCCUUAAUAAAUCCAAUGUUCUUCUCCAAGGUGCUUCCACUCAAGCAAGCAGCGUGAAUACAUCAGUUUUAGGCAGCUUUUCUAAAGUGGACAUACCCGUACGAACGGGUCAUUCCACCGUUUUAGAGCCUGAUUCUGAUUUUAAAGGCAUUCCCACUUUUGUUAAUGAAAAUAAUGUUAUCAGGAGUCUUACUGGUUCCUAUGCCAAAUUACCUAGCCCAGAGCCAAGCCUGAGUCCUAAAAUGCAUCGAAGGCGUUCUCGGCCGUCGUCAGCAUGUCAUAUUCUUAUCAAUAACCCCAUAAAUGCUUGUGAGUUAAGUCCCAAGGGAAAAGAACAGGCAGUAGAUUUAGUUGCUCAAGACACGGAAGAAAAAACAAGCGUACCUGAAACUGUGCCAAAGUUACCAGUUGAUUUAACGGGAGUUUGUUCAAGCAAGGUUUAUGUCAGCAAAACUACGUCUGAAGACAUACAGGAAAUGGUUAUAGGGAAGUCCAGUCAGGUACGUCAAUCUUCAGGAAAUCAGUUAGAAAAUAAAGUUAUUCAUGGACUUGCUCUCCUGGGAGGUCAGUUAACGUCUGAGGGGAGAGGACCACACGCAACGGACACUCCAUGUCCUGCGUCGCAAAGGCUGCACGAGCCGUAUGCCGCCAGUCAGUGUGUAGCGAGUCAAAACUUCGGAACUGUGAGUGGACUCAAGUCAGCCAGUUUGUUAGAGAAAAGCGCCUGCAAUUUACAAAUGGAGCUGAAUAAGUCUUAUGACGUAAAAAACCCGUCUCCUUUACUGAUGCAAAACCAGAAUACCAGACAGCAGAUGGACACCCCUACCGUGUCCUGUGGAAAUGAACAGUUUUUGGAGAACAGUUUUGAGAAAGUUAAACGGAGACUCGAUUUAGAUAUUGAUAAUUUGCAAAAAGAAAACUGUCCUUAUGUCAUAGCAACUGGAAUAGCUGAACAGGAACGGCAGCAUUUGCCAGAGAAAAGAUACCCUAAGGGAUCUGCCUACAUCAACAAGAAUAAAAUCUUGGAAAGUAGUUCUAAAGAAGGCGAGGAGAUGUUAAAAAGCAAGAUGUUAGCUUUUGAAGAAAUGCGGAAGAGACUGGAAGAACAGCACGCCCAGCAGUUGUCACUGCUCAUAGCUGAGCAGGAAAGGGAACAGGAAAGGUUGCAGAAGGAAAUAGAAGAACAGGAGAAAAUGUUAAAAGAGACAGCAGAAACCUCUGAAUUGGACAUUAGCAGUGCUGUGGACUUGGAAUGGAGAAAGAUAAGUGACUCUGGUUUGCUUGAAACAGUGCUGUCUCAAGUGGACUCACUCCAGACUUCAAAUAGUUCUGGUAUCACAAAUUCUGCCCUUCAGCAUAGCUUUGGUUCUGCAAAUGAAGUACCAUUCUACCUCUGGGCAGCAUCAACUGGUGGCUUGACCAAACUCUCAGUAACAAGGCCUUUUGGAAGGGCCAAAACGAAGUGGUCUCAGGUUUUCAGUCCAGAAGUGCAGGCAAAAUUUAACAAAGUAACAGCAGUGGCAAAAGGAUUUCUUACUCGUAGGCUUAUGCAGACAGAUAAGCUGAAACAGCUUCGACAAACUGUAAAAGACACUAUGGAAUUCAUAAGAAGUUUUCAGUCAGAAGCACCAUUAAAGAGAGGAGUUGUUUCAGCACAAGAUGCUUCUCUUCAGGAAAGGGUGUUAGCUCAGCUACGAGCUGCCCUGUAUGGUAUUCACGACAUAUUCUUUGUAAUGGAUGCAGCUGAAAGAAUGUCAAUUUUACGUCAUGAUCGAGAAGCCCGCAAAGAGAAGAUGCUCAGGCAAAUGGAUAAAAUGAAAAGUCCACGAGUAGCCCUUUCAGCUGCAACACAGAAGUCUCUUGAUAGGAAGAAGUACAUGAAAGCUGCAGAAAUGGGAAUGCCAAAUAAGAAAUUUCUGGUUAAGCAAAAUCCUUCUGAAACAAGAGUCCUUCAGCCAAAUCAAGGACAGAAUGCACCUGUUCAUAGGCUACUGAGUAGACAAGGAACCCCUAAGACAUCAGUGAAGGGGGUUGUGCAAAAUAGACAGAAGUCUUCACAGAGCAGAAUGCCUAACAGAGCGCCUGUUUCAGGAGUAUAUGCAGGAAAAAUCCAAAGAAAGCGGCCAAAUGUUGCGACAAUUUAAGAAGACAGCACUCAUUAGGAUAACAAAGGGGGAAGGGUUAGGAUCUGCAUUAUUCUCCCUGCUCAAGACUUGGUAUUUAACUCUGGACUUGGUUUACACAGUCAGAGUGAUGUCAGAGGGCUGAGAAAUCAGCUGGAUAUUUUGGUCGCUCUGGCUAAUCCUGCCCCCCUCUCCCCAUUUGCCUCUUACUGUCAGUUUUUUGGGUGAAGACAAGUUAGUAUUUAGUAAUUGGGUCAUCUCUGUCCUUAACCUGUACAAACAUUGUUUGUUUUAUUACUCAGGUGUCUGCUGAGAAUCUUUUUGUAAACUUCAAAGACAUUUGUGUUUAUUUCUAUAAAUACUGAAAAGGUGUGAUAAGUUCUAAGUUCUGCAAUAUAAGUUUCAUUCAUCUUUGCCCACUGCAGAAUUUGAUAAAAAAAAAUAAUAGAUACUGUUCUAUUCAAGGGGAAAUUAUUGCAGAAGAAAGUUUUUCCCAGGUUUUGUAACUAGAAGAUCUCUGACUACCCUCUCAUAUUCUUGGGCUUGUGGUGUAACCACAUAGGAUAAAACACUUGCCUGCUGAUUGUGGUCCACCUAAAAUUUACCACAGAAAUAGCUGGGCAUCACCAUUUUGGUCAUAAGUAUACAUUCCUCUCAAGAACUAGUUGUUCUGCAGAAAUGUUAGGCUUAAUGUAUGUUACCCUUGUACUAUUAGAAACAUUUCUACUGAAUUAUAAAAUCUUUCUGUGGAGGGUGACACUUGAGGAAGAGAGCACAAUCUUCUUGAAUGUAGUCGCGCUUAGGAAUGAACGCAUUAUUAAAUCCAUUUCUGUAAAAUGGAAUAUAACGUUGCAUGCAGUUACAUUUUGUAUUUUGUCUGUUUAAUUCUUCAUAGUCUGCUUUUUUUUUCUUUUUCUUUUCUUUUUUUUUUUUUUUUAAGCAUGCCUGAUUUAGGAGAGGAUAAAGGGCUACAUACUAUGACAAAUUCAGAUUCUCAAAUGGGAUAAUAAUGUCUAGUUGAAAUUUUGCAUUACUUAAGAGGCACUGAUGUUUAAGGUUUUUUAUCAUUAAUACAUUCGUUGAAGAUAUAAAUAAAAAAAGUUACCAAGGGAACGUAUUUUAUGAAAAAUAAUGUCACUGUUAAUUUAUCAUGCCAUUUCCAAAAAGGGCUUUGUGUUUCUCGCAUAAAAUUGGGACUGUGUACAUUUAAUCUUUCUAACUUGAAUUUUAAAAAAGAUACUGGUAUUUUGAAAAUGUAGACUAUAUGUAUUCUUAAUAUCCUUUAUAAGAGUGUGGAGAUAGGCAUUCCCUUGUGGCGCAUGGGUUAAGGUCCCAGCGUUGUCACUGCAAUAGCUGGGGUCACUGCUGUGGCUCAGGGAACUUCUGCAUGCUGUGGGUGUGGCAAAAACAAACAAACAAACAAAAACAAAAAAAAACAGAGUGUGGAGAUACUGUUUUCUUUGAGUUGCAGUUCCAUUUAAAAUUUAA